GAAAUGGCGCAUUUGGCUGCAGGCAUGUUGUGAGGGCGCUUUCUGCAGCAGCAGCAUGCAUGCAUGUCCAUAGACGUCAUUUGAUUUUAAUGGCCUGCAGGAAAUUUGGCGUUACAACUCCAGACAUUAAGGCAAGAGAGAGAGAGGCAAAGAGAGAGUGAGAGAGAGAGAGAGAGAAAAAAAGAGAGAGCGGGGACAAGGGGGGAAAUCACCGCGUGAAAGAUAUUGGUUCAAGGAUAUCUCUUCAUUUUCAACAUAUUUUUUCUGCUGGGACUUUAUCAACAAGUUACUGCGCCUUUAUUGCAUGUUGCCUAAGUGAGGGACUAUGGCAGCUCGCCUGGUUUUAAACUUUAGAUUUAAACUGAAAAUGGAAAUAUAUGCCUAAUAGCUAGAACUGCCUGGGGAACUAUUACAUCAGACGAAAUGAUGACAGUGAUCAAAAUCUGCUUUUUGCUGCUCUAAAUCUAUUGAGCGACAGUUGCCUGUUAGGUUUCAUACUCCCUCUAAAUCACAAGUUCACACCGUUAAGGGGAACGGUCUACUUUAGCCGGGGAAAAGAAAUAGAUAAGUUAUUAUAUCUGUGCAGCCAUAUAAUUUCGGGAAUAGGGGGAUAUCACGUUUUCGUCUUUGAGAAAAUUGCCUGGGCGAGAGAGUGGAGUUGAGCUAAUUGUAGCCUAAUCCCUGGCCCAAAGGCGCUUGGGCUGCCCGGAGCAAGAAUUUUCUUUUUUAGCUCUGCUCUGUUAUUUAGAGACGGAUUAUUGGCUUUCUUCUUCUCAUAACAAACAACACGGGCAGUUUCAUUUAGGCAAAAAAAAGCAGACAAGAAGCCGAAAUACGAAGCAGGAUUCCAACAAGAGCGCACAUUUUUACGCGUAUUCAAAUAAGAGAAGGGGAAGGAGAUCAUCUCAUCUAUGUACAAGGAGGGAAGAAGCAUGUCACGGCUGUCUCUGACCCGGUCCCCGGUCUCUCCUCUGGCCACUCAGGGGAUCCCUCUGCCGGCUCAGCUGACCAAGGCAAACGCCCCGGUGCACAUCGAUGUAGGGGGACACAUGUACACCAGCAGCCUGGCGACCCUCACCAAGUACCCAGACUCAAGAAUCAGUCGUCUGUUCAAUGGCACCGAGCCCAUCGUGUUGGACAGCUUGAAGCAGCACUACUUCAUAGAUCGGGACGGCGAGAUAUUCCGCUACAUUCUCAGUUUCCUCAGGACCAGCAAAUUGCUCCUUCCAGAUGACUUCAAGGACUUCCACCUGCUGUACGAGGAGGCACGCUAUUACCAGCUGACGCCCAUGAUCAAGGAGCUGGAGCGCUGGAAGCAGGAGCGCGAGCAACGGCGGAUGGCGCAGCCCUGCGACUGCCUGGUGGUUCGCGUCACACCUGACCUGGGCGAGAGGAUUGCGUUGAGUGGGGAGAAGAUCCUAAUCGAGGAGAUCUUCCCUGAAACCGGAGACGUUAUGUGUAACUCAGUCAACGCUGGCUGGAACCAAGACCCAACACACGUCAUCCGCUUUCCCCUCAAUGGCUACUGCAGGCUCAACUCCGUCCAGGUUCUGGAGCGUCUUUUCCAGAAAGGUUUCAGCGUGGCGGCGUCUUGCGGAGGCGGCGUGGACUCAUCCCAGUUCAGCGAGUACGUGUUGUGUCGCGAGGACCGGCGGAGUCUUUCCAUCAACACGCCCAUCAGGAUAAAACAGGAACCGCUGGACUAGAGCAUUCUGGGAGAGGGACUGCCCACCCCACCAAUACUCCUCUCAUCUUCUCACGCCACCCCACCCCGCCUACCCCUGCCCCCUCCCUGCCCGAACAGGACCACAGCCACCCCCAACAUACCUAAGUAUUAGCAGUGGCUUGUUGACCUCGCAAGCUCUGCAGAACUCUAAGGGGAAUGUAGUACCAAACAAAGGAGAGAAAAAAGCGUCAGCAGCAAAAGUUUUUGAUUAUGUUAAAUGACGCCCAAAGAAUCUGGGACUGUGAUGACAACAACAACAACAAAUGGACUCAACAGCAGCUUACUUGAACCAUUUUUAGUGCCAUGAUUUUUCUCUCUUCUUCUCACAAAAAAAAGUGUCAUGACCCCUUUUGGAGUGACAUAACUAUACGGCCCCUCCCCCCACCUUUCUACCCCUCUUUUUAGUUGUGUAUCGUCCGGUUCUGUCUCUGUAUGAGGCCCAUGUCUGGCCCGCUAUGGGACUAGAAAGCUUUUGGCAGACAGGACGCUGUUAAGGAUGACAGAAAGAGGACAUAAUCCCAUCUCGCGAGUCACCGGAAAGGCCCCAAUCCCCCUUGACCCCUCGACCCUCCAACCCCAUCCCACCUCACUCCGCAGGCCUGGCUACAGAUGGCGGGGGCCUCGCCAAAAACAGCAUUGUUUGCCAAAAUGAUUUUCAUUGUCGUUUCUAAAGUAUGUUCUUCUUACUCCUUUUGCUGUUCUUAUCAUGAAAUGGUGUAAACAAUUAUUAUUAAUAGGA